UAUGUGCUGCCUUUCAGUGACUACCGUGCGGUACUGUAGCCUACUCAGCAAAAGCAAACGGAUGGGAUAAGUCGAAAUAGCUUGCACUUCAGGUUUCCAAAACCCUCAUUCGAUACCGCCCAGUCUCUCGGAGAAAAAGUGAUUGUGUUUCGGGAAGACACAGGCUCUGACACAUGAAAGGAAAACGCAUACAGAUUCCAAUGUUGUAGUUGAAGACAGUUUAUCUUUUCCACGCACAGUCUGAUCUGCUAAAGGGAGUAUUUCAUAUCAGAUUUCACGUUCAGUUCUGACCAGCUGGGAGAGCAGAGAGAGAGGGAGAGAGAGGGCUUGUUUCUCUUCCCCUCCGACUCUGGGUCUUGGAACUCAGGAGCGCAGGAAAGCGAACCACGACGUGGAACCCUAAACCUGUGUAGGCAAGAUAAAACGUCCGUCAGAAUUUGUUAAGGAUUCUCUUUUGCGAGAUUGACACAGAGGUGAGAACAAAUAGAUCGUAAGAGAUGGACGAGCAGCCGCGGUUGAUGCACUCUCAUGCGGGAGUAGGGAUGGCAGGGCAUCCCGGCCUGUCUCAACACAUGGAAGGCACCGGAGGAACGGACGGCGAUGGGAGAAAACAGGACAUUGGAGACAUUUUACAGCAAAUAAUGACCAUCACAGAUCAAAGUCUGGACGAAGCUCAAGCUAGGAAACACGCCUUGAAUUGCCACAGGAUGAAGCCUGCUCUCUUCAACGUCUUGUGUGAAAUCAAAGAAAAGACAGUGCUGAGUAUCCGUGGCGCUCAGGAGGAGGAGCCUCCAGAUGCCCAGCUCAUGCGAUUGGACAACAUGUUGCUGGCGGAGGGCGUGUCUGGACCUGAGAAAGGGGGCGGUUCUGCAGCGGCUGCGGCUGCUGCUGCAGCCUCAGGGGGCGGGGCAGGAGCGGAUAACUCAGCGGAACACUCGGACUACAGAGCCAAGCUCUCUCAGAUCAGACAGAUCUACCACACAGAGCUGGAGAAAUACGAACAGAUGGUAUCCCAGUGCGGAUGGAGGGGGGACAGUUACACAGGGAGUCAUGGCAACGGAAACAAGGCUUGUAACGAGUUCACCACCCAUGUGAUGAACCUGCUGAGGGAGCAGAGUCGCACGCGGCCCAUCUCUCCCAAGGAGAUCGAGCGCAUGGUGGGGAUCAUCCACCGCAAGUUCAGCUCCAUCCAGAUGCAGCUCAAACAGAGCACCUGCGAGGCCGUCAUGAUCCUGCGCUCCCGCUUCCUCGACGCCAGACGGAAAAGACGGAACUUCAACAAACAGGCGACAGAGAUCCUGAAUGAGUACUUCUACUCGCACCUGUCUAACCCCUACCCUAGUGAAGAGGCCAAGGAGGAGCUGGCCAAGAAGUGCUCCAUCACAGUUUCACAGGUUUCCAACUGGUUCGGAAAUAAAAGAAUCAGAUACAAGAAAAACAUUGGAAAGUUCCAGGAAGAAGCCAACAUGUACGCUGCCAAAACUGCUGUGAACGCGACGAACGUAUCCUCACACGGGAGCCAGGCUAACUCGCCCUCCACUCCAAAUUCUGCAGGUUCUGCUGGAUCUUUUAACAUGUCAAACUCCGGCGACUUGUUCAUGAGCGUGCAGUCUCUCAAUGGGGACUCGUACCAAGGGGCUCAGGUGGGAGCCAACGUGCAGUCACAGGUGGAUACCCUUCGCCAUGUUAUCAGUCAGACAGGCGGAUACAGUGAGGGCCUCACAGCCAGCCAGAUGUACAGUCCGCAGGGCAUCAAUGCAAACGGAGGCUGGCAGGAUGCUACCACCCCCUCAUCAGUGACAUCCCCCACAGAAGGACCCGGAAGUGUUCACUCGGACACGUCCAACUGAUCCCUCCACCCUUCUCCUCCACCACCGUCCAGACAGCCCCAACCUCCACCCUCGAUCAUCUAGCCAGCCAGCCCCCCUCCCCAUCAGCACUGGAGGUGACACACUAGACUCGUCACAGAGCAGGAGACCUCUCUCUACGGGUGGGGACUACAGAAUGAAACACCAUCACCACCACCAGACAGUUCUUUACAACCAAUCAUGACACAGUCAGUCAGUCAGUAGCCUGAGUAGGGCUCUUUUCUUCCACCUAUCUACAACCCCCUCACUGUUUGUUUGUACAGUUUUCUUUGCCAUAUAUCCAUGUUGCCUCAUUGUGUGAUCAUCUGACUUAUAACACAGUAGGAAAACAGUUACAACACGUGUAUACAGUAUCUUGUAGAUUUAAAUGCUUUUCACACUACCUCUAUUGAAAAUAACAAGAAAACAACAACAACAACAACGGGACAUCUUCUAAAUAAGCUUUGUUUUUUGUUGUUGUAAUUACUGGUAUUGACAGUAGCUCUCAAUCUCCUCUUGUCCUGUCUCAAGGCUUGUUUUUAAGGACAGUUUUGCCUUUGUGACAAGUUUCACCCUAUAUAAUUACUUAAUUCACAACAUCAAAUAAAUUCUAUUAAAAUUGUCCAGUGCCAAAGUUCAACACAGGAGAUGAAUUUGUAUAAUAUGAAUUGUGCUUGUAAAUAAAACAUCCCUCUGACAUUUCAUAUGAAAAAUGGUUCAUUACUGUAUUUAAUUACAUUUCAUGUUAGUAGAGUAUCAACAGGGUGCUUUGAAAAGGAGAUUCAACCUUUCCUCCUCAUUUUAAGCAUUCCGUUUCAGAGCUUCUUCAUUGGCCAAUAAGACAUUAAACAUUUUUACUGCAAGAAUGGUAGCCUAUGUUUUCUGCUCAUACUGAAUGCAGCAUAGCAUGAGUGAUGAACAAUGCACAAGCAAACAUUAUGAGAGUAACAGUAUGCUCCAGAAUAAAUGGAAGAGACUGUUUGGAAGGUCAGAAGGGAAUGGAUCGUGGUGAUUCUAGCUACUGGAAUUCUAAUAAAUUCACUGCUCUUGAAAUAUUGUUUGUAGUGUGCACUGCAUCCAGAGACCAUUGACCCUCAGAGUUUAAAAUCUACCCAGAACACUUAAUCAAUGAGUACAUUAGCAUCAAUUAUAAUAAGCCAAUAUGUCUUUAAGCACAGUGACUUACAGUGAUUACCCUGGGUAACACUUAUAUUUGUCAAAGAGAAGAAAACAGUACAGAGAACACACAUUAAUGAUAGUUGUACUCUAUUCUAUACAGUCUACAUAUACGGAACAUAUGGUGUGUAUACAUACUGUACACACACAUACACUAACAGUAUCACCAUCAAUGUACAUCAGUGUUAUCGUAAUAGCCAAAUACUGCUGGUAACCAAAAUCACUUGUUUAAGUGCAACAAAAAAAGCAUUUUUAAUGUAGAUUUUAAUUCUGAUUUUGUGGUAUAAUGUUGUAGUAAUUGAAGACACGACUACACAUGAUGAAAUAUCUCUCAAAAUUACCGUCUUUGUUUGGUGUUUUUGGUGCUAGUUAGCUCUUUCAUUUCCUAUUUCUCAGUAGUAUAUUACUGUCCAUUUAUUAUUGUCACCCGGUUUGAAUUUCUCCAUUCAACCUCAUCACUCAUAUCAUCCUGUUUUUACAUUUUGGUUAUCAAAGUUGGUCUCUAUUCACUCUUAUGUUUCAGCAUCCUCCUAGCAUAUGGCGCCAGUCUAAAUUACGCAAAUAAAAAAUACCAACAUUUUAAUUAGAUUUAUUAAUUUUGUUGUAUUUGAUUUUAGCUACAGUAUUUAUUUACACACAAAUAGAUAUUGCCUUCUUGGGCAUUUUAACAUAUCCACCAUACUAUUACGUAGAUACCAAAAAAUAACUACAAAAGCUUCAGCUCUAUACAUUGGGAUCAGCUUGACCAACUCGACUUUCUUUGAUUUGUAAAAUUGUGUAUUAACUGAAGUACUCCACGUGCAUCUCAUAGGAAUGUUCAGCUACUCUUUCUGUACUCAGAACACCAAAAUGCAGUCCGAACACAGUAGUGUUUGUUUAUAGAAAUGAAAUGGAAAAGACUAACCCUGAUGGCACACAGACAUGUGGGAUAUAUGUUCUCCCGUUGUGAAUAAAUACAUUUGGCUACUGUUUUACUUGUCUUUCGCUUGGUUACAGGAGUUACAGUACGUUCUAUUUUCUUUUCUUGCUAGCAUAAUGUGAAUUAGCCCAAGAAUGCUCUAUGUAUGUAGAUGUGCACCUUUAUUCUUGUUUUUCGUUUUUUGGGGGGAUUUUGGGGGGAAUUGGGAAAUGUUUGACAGAGACAGACAGACAGACAGACAGUAGGACACAGUUCCUUUCAUAUUACGGAUAUAAUCCGCUCACUGGUUCACUUUGUACUUUCUAAAGCAUUGACACAAAAGCGUGUUUCUAGAAAUGGGUACUGUCUUGUUAAUGAAAGGUGAUGUGAAAGGUUUGUGUGAACACAAUCUCGUGACAGUGUUUUUAGCCCAACUAAAUCCAUGGUAAUAGAUAUACACAUUAUAUAGUAUUUCAAAUCAUAACCAACAUCUGUAUAGAUAACUACAGUACCACACAGCUGAAUCCACCAUAGACUGCAUAUCCCAGAACUUAGUUCUUCCUUCACAAACUACAUUUUAUAUUCGAUGUACUUGUUGGAGACGUGGACGUGUACUAUGAUGAGUGAAGCAAAAUCUUGUUCUUUUUUUUAUAACUACAAAUGGCUUAAUUUGCUCCCACAUCUGAUAGUCCAGUUGACGGACAACACAUAGGUACACUAUGAGUGGAGUAUGUUUGAGUGGUCUUUCGAUACAGAUUUUAGCCAUGUGGCAAGCAGAACAGUAGCUUUUGUGAUGCGUUGCCCGUAAAAUAAGUAAACGUUACUCUACUUUUCACAUUGCCUUUCCAGUAUCAUCAUUAUUAUUGAAAGCUUCAUGUAAUGAUGCUUUUAGUUUUUGGAUAUAAAAGGGAGAGAAAAAAUAACUAUAAAAAAGAAAGAAGAAACUGAAAAAUUUGUAAAACAUCAAAUGUUUUCUUUGUGGCAUGUCUUUUGUUCUUUAAUAAAAUAUCGUACUGCAGUGUUUUUGAAUGUUACUUAUUUUUUAUAAAGAUUUCAGAGUGAAAUCAUGGAUCCUUUUCUUGACAGGUUUGACAUUUUAAGAUCUCUCUGCAUAUGUAAAAAUAAAAAAUAAAAUAAAAAGUAUACCAUUGGAAACUGCAAAACUACUCCGAUUUAAAACCUGUUUUCUGUGGAGAAAUAAAUAGCUAACAAGGUGUAGGUUUUAUGGUCUCUUUCUUUGUACUGUUAAUGCAUAUUCCAAAUAAAUUGUUUCUUUUGUUGCA